AAAAGAGAAAGAAAAGGCUAAAGCUAUCUAUAAAAAUGGCACAUUCCAAUUCCUAACCUCCAAAAGCAUCCCUCUCCCUUUCCUGGCAAAUGGAUUCAGCAAGAACAGCUCCUCCCCCGUGGCAGGAGCUGGACUUGGACAACCUCAAACCCCUCAAAGUCCUAGGAAAAGGCGGCAUGGGUACUGUCUUCCUCGUACAGGCCGCCAACAAUACCCGCUUCGCCCUCAAAGUGGUGGACAAAACGUGCGUCCACGCGAAGCUGGACGCGGAGCGGCGCGCGCGUUGGGAAAUCCAAGUCCUCUCAACUCUAUCCCACCCUUUCCUCCCUUCCCUCAUGGGAACGUUCGAGUCCCCACAGUUCCUUGCGUGGGCCCUACCCUACUGCCCCGGCGGCGACCUCAACGUCCUCCGCUACCGCCAAACCGACCGCGCCUUCUCCCCCGCCGUCAUCCGCUUCUACGUCGCCGAAAUCCUCUGCGCCCUCGACCACCUCCAUUCCAUGGGCAUAGCCUACCGCGACCUAAAACCCGAAAAUGUCCUCGUUCAAAACACCGGCCACAUCACCCUCACCGAUUUCGACCUCUCCCGCAAACUCAAUCCCAAACCUAAACCUAAUCCACAAGUUCCUUCUAUCCCCUUGCCCAAUUCUAACGUUCCCGAACCUCGCCGGAAACACCGCCGGAAUUUCUCCCGGUGGAUCUCCCUCUUCCCGCCGGACGGGACUCACCAUAACAACAACAAAAACGGACUCAAGAAGGCGAAGUCCGCGCGAGUCAGCCCGGUGAGUCGGAGAAAACCGAGUUUCUCCAACGGCGAACGAUCCAACUCGUUCGUCGGCACGGAAGAAUACGUCUCGCCGGAGGUCGUCCGCGGCGACGGACACGAGUUCGCCGUCGAUUGGUGGGCGCUUGGAAUACUAAUCUACGAAAUGCUAUACGGUACGACGCCGUUUAAGGGAAAGAAUCGCAAGGAAACGUUUCGGAAUGUUAUCACGAAGCCGCCGGUUUUUGUGGGAAAGAGAACGGCGUUGACGGAUCUUAUUGAGAAGCUUUUGGAGAAGGAUCCGACGAAGAGGUUGGGGUACACGCGCGGUGCCGUGGAGAUCAAGGAGCACGAGUUUUUCCGAGGGGUUCGGUGGGAGCUUUUGACGGAGGUGGUGCGCCCGCCGUUCAUUCCGACGCGGGACGACGGCGCCGGAGAUUCGACGGAUAGGCUUUCCGACCGGAAUUGUGGCUUCGAUAUUAGGGGUUACUUUCUGAAUCUUAAAUCGUCGCCGUCGUUGCCGGGUUCGCCGUUGCCAUCGCCGUCGUGCAGGUUUAAGAAGAAUGUUUCGCUAACAGAAUUCUAACGCAUGUGCAGUAUUGCACGUGCGAGAGUUAGUUGUUGUUUUUUUUUUAGUAAUAUUGUAAUUUUGUGCAUAUAGAAUAACGGUAGAUAGUGAAAAACGGGAUUAGCAAUGUUAGUUGGUACAAACUACGAUUGUUUAUGAACCCUUUUUUUUCCUCCCA